CUUCAGGUAGCAAGUGUAAAAGGUUGUUAAAUCUAAAGCCAUCAUCCUUGGUGGGGCUAACAUACCAGAAAUUAACAAUUAAUUGUGAAACAGAAACCUGUUUCACACUCAAGCACCUUCUCUUUUACUAUUCUGGAGUUGAUUUCUCUCCUUUAAAUCCUUUUGAAAAUGCAUAUUGCUUUAUAGCUAGAACCCACAUAAAACAUGGGCUCUGCUUUUUAGGAAGAAAAAUUAGGAAGGAUGUUGAAAGUUAAGUCACCUCCACCGAAAAGAACACUCCCCUUUGUGUUCCUUUGCAAUAACACUUACUCAUAUUGUCAUGUGAAAGUUGAAACUCUUCUUGCAUUACUGUUGUUCUUCAGUUCUUCAUUUCAAAAAUCUCCAAGCUACUUCUGAACCCUCACCCAUGCCAUCUGCAUCAGAAACCUUGCUUCUGAUCACCAUUUUUCUCUUGCUUCCUCUCCACGCCGUCUCAUCCACCAUCCAUGCAGGCCAUGCCAUCCCUAUCAACGGCCUCUGUCGUGACACAUGCGGCACAAUCCCAGUAAAGUUCCCAUUUGGCACUGGAUUUGGCUGUGGCCACCCUGACUUUGUUAGAUACAUCAAAUGCAGCUCAGGAACACUUCAAUUCUCUACCGGAACUGGUAUCUACACCAUUUCCUCUAUAGACUACAACAGUAGCACCAUCGUUGUCACAGAUCCGCUUAUGUCAACAUGCUCUUCUAUGCAAAAUUCAGGUGGCUUCAGCUUAGACAGGGCCAGUCCUUUCACUAUAAGAGAGGAGAACAUCUUUGUUCUACUUGGCUGCUCAACAACAUCCCCUGUGUUUGAUCCCAAUGAAGAUUUGUGCGACACCGGGUCGGGCUCCCGGGUGUGCAGAGGGUUGUACUCCUGCAAGGGGGUGGCUGGCAUUGGGUUGCAACAGAAUGCACCAAUUUCCACUUGUUGUGUUUAUGACUCUCAAGUUGGGGUUGGCUCAGGUUAUGCAUUGGUUCUCCCAAAGCUCCAAUGCUCUUCCUACACAUCAAUUUAUGAGUUUGGGGAUGAAGGGGAUCCAAUGAAAUGGAAAUUUGGAAUUUCUCUGCAAUAUAAUGAUUCUUAUUACACCAAUGCCUGCAAGGAUUGUGAGGCAAGUGAGGGCUUGUGUGGCUUUUCUGGUUUGGACCAGUCAUUCGCUUGUAUUUGCCAGAAUGGGGUUAACACCACCAGAAGUUGCUUUGAGCAAGGGUAUGCUUUGAGUUGGGCAGUGGAACUAGAAGUUCAAAUUAAAACCAUUAUUGGAGGACUUUUGGUCUCGUGGAUGUUACUAUUGACAAGGAGCAGAUAGCUAGCGUUGCUUCAAACUUUUUUGAUGCACAAAUUUUGCAAAAGAAGUGCUUCAAAGAGAUCUAAGCGAGUGGUGUUUUUGGCUAUGUAAUUUUUUUUAUUUUAGUUA